AUGAAGACAAAGCCCACAGAAUCUGCUCUUUGGCAACGGUGCAACGAUAUGAUCCUUAUGUGGAUUCUCAAUACACUUUCCGACGACCUGGCCACCAGUGUGGUGUACAUAACGACAACCAAAGAUGUUUGGGAUGAUAUUCGAGAACGUUUUUCUCAACAAAACGUGUCUCGUCUCUUUGAAAUCCAACAUGACCUUGCACAUCUUACGCAAAGUCAACAACCUAUCAAUGUGUAUUUCACCAAGCUUAAAGGUUUAUGGGAUAAGAUGGAUUCCUACCAAACUUUAAAGCCGUGUUCUUGCGGGGCUGUUCAAUCCAACAAUGAACAGGUGGAGAGAACCAAGGUUUUGCAGAUUUUAAUAGGGCUAGACGACUCGUAUUCUGCGAUUCGUGGGCAAAUUUUGCUUAUUCAACCAUUGUCUUCGAUUCGAUCCAUCUAUUCUAUGUUGACACAAAAAGAGAAGCAGAGAGGCAUGGCUGUUGGGCCUAGCCUCGUUGAACCUGCAUCCAUGGCGGUUCAAACAACCCGUGGAAAUAGUAGCAACAAUGGAAAAGGAAAAUUAUUUAAGAGGAAGCCGUUACAUUGCUCGUAUUGCGAUAAGGAUCAUCACGUUAUUGAAAUGUGUUGGAAGCUCUAUGGAUACCCACCGGGACACCGUCUUCAUGGUAAGUCCAGUGGUUCGAGUAAUUAUGGUGGGCACGACAACAAGCCGAGCGGCAAACCUGCUGUUAACAAUGUGGCAUCCACCGUUGCACCGUCCAUGCCCAAUCUCACCACCGAACAAUUUCAGCAACUCUUAUCCAUGAUGAGUCAAAAGAUGGGACUUGAUUCCAAGGCAAAUAUAGUAGGUGGGCUUCCUUCUUUCCAAUGGGUUAUAGACAGUGGUGCCACUGACCACAUAUCUAGUCUUCCCUUGACUAAUGCAACCUUAAAUCCACCUCUACCACCCAUGGCAUUACCUAAUGGGACUCGGGUUCCUAUAAACUCUGUUAGCACCUACAGUUUUGGACCUGGAGAUGAGGACGAUGAUUGGUUGGGGGUGACAACGUAA